AUGCGCGGCGCCGCGGUGCUCGUUUUGCUGGGCCUGAGCCUGGGGAUCGUCGGCUCCGGCUCGGCCAAUAUUGUGAAAAACUUCACCGACGAUGGGACGGAGCGCUUCAACCACCUGGUGGUGGACAAGAACACCGGCCGCGUGUUCAUCGGGGCCGUCAACCGGCUGUAUCAGCUGUCGCCCGACUUGGAACUGGUGAUGCGCGACAUCACCGGUCCCGAAGAGGACUCACCGGAAUGCUCGGUACUCGACUGCCCUCCCGCGGUCGUCAAGAAACCGACCGACAACGUGAACAAGGCCCUGGUCAUCGACUACACGACCACCCGCUUGAUCUCGUGCGGGAGCGUGUUCCAGGGCAUCUGUUCCGUGCGCAACUUGCACAAUAUCUCGGACGUAGCCCAAGUGGUGAAGGAGGCGGUGGUGGCCAACAACUCCACGGCGUCCACGGUGGCUUUCAUCGCCCCGGGCCCGCCCAACCCGCCCGUCACCCAGGUCAUGUACGUGGGCGUCACCUACACUGGUAAUUCCCCGUACCGCUCGGAAGUGCCGGCAGUGUCGUCCCGCAGCCUGGACCGCGACAAAAUGUUCAUGAUCGCGGAGACCGCCGUCACCACGGGGACGAGGAUGUUCGUGAACUCGUUGGCGCGGGAGCGCUACCCUAUUCACUACGUGUACGGCUUUAGCUCGGAGGGCUUCAGUUACUUCCUGACGACGCAGAUGCGCCACACGUCGCCCUCGCCCUUCAUCUCCAAGCUAGUCCGCGUGUGCCACGACGACGAGAAUUACUACUCCUACACGGAAAUCCCGAUCGACUGCAUCGCCGAGAGCGGCAAGCGCUACUACAACUUGGUGCAGGCGGCGUACGUAGGGAAGCCCGGCUCCGACCUGGCGUCCGACCUGGGCAUCACCGCGCAAGACGACAUGCUGUUCGCCGUCUUCUCGGAGAACGACCAGUCCGAGGGCGAGGUGUCGAGCAAGCCCAGCGACUACAGCGCCCUCUGUGUGUACUCCCUCAAGUCCAUCCGCAGGAAGUUCAUGCAGAAUAUCAAAAAGUGCUUCAGUGGCAACGGCAGCCGCGGGCUCGACUUCAUCUCUCCCAGCCACACCUGCGUUUUGACGGUGAGUACUGAUUUCUUUUUCUCCAGUAGAGAUGGAAUGACUUCGUUUUUUGCGAUAGUUGCAUGA